AUGAGAACAAGCAACCACUUGAUCGGUGUGCUAAACUUCCUAACGUUCCUGUUGUCGGUUCCUAUCCUAGGUGGUGGGAUAUGGCUGAGCAGCAGAGCCAACAACACGGACUGUCUGAAGUUUCUGCAGUGGCCGUUGAUCAUAAUCGGCGUCAGCAUCAUGGUGGUGUCGCUGGCGGGUUUCGCCGGGGCCUGUUACCGCAACACGUUCCUGAUGCGGCUGUACCUGGUGGUGAUGUUCGCGGUGAUUGCGGUGCUGAUUGGGUUCAUCAUAUUCGCGUACGUGGUGACGGACAAAGGGUCGGGUCGGAGGAUGAUGAACCGGGCCUACUUGGAUUACUAUUUGGAGGACUAUUCGGGGUGGUUGGAGGAGCGCGUGGCGAGUGAUAGUUACUGGGGGAAGAUUGGAUCCUGCAUUAGGGAUUCUAAAGUGUGUGCGAGGAUGGGAAGAACCAUUAAUGGAGUUCCUGAAACUCCUGAUAUGUUCUACCUCAGAACCCUCACUCCUAUUCAGUCUGGUUGCUGCAAGCCCCCCACAGAAUGUGGCUAUAUCUAUCAGAAUGAGACUGUGUGGAACCUAGGAUCAGGAUUGAUGGGAAGCACUGCAGAUUGCACCAGGUGGAGCAAUGACCAAGAACUGCUUUGCUAUGCCUGUGAUUCCUGCAAGGCUGGUGUGCUGGCAAGUCUGAAGAAGAGUUGGAGGAAAGUGUCAGUGAUCAACAUUGUUGUUAUGAUCCUCCUUGUGAUUGUUUACAUAGUUGCUUAUGCAGCAUAUAGAAACAACCGCAGGAUGGAUAAUGAUGAACCCUAUGGUGAAGCCAGGAUGACAAAGGCACAACCUAGUGCCUUUCAUCUUUAG